AUGGGCUUCCCACUUGAGUCUUGUCUUGUGCAGCAAAGUUCCCAAUGCAACACUCUUUCCUCCUUCGUUAACGUCACAGUUCUGUCAACUCCCCAGAAGCUUGCUCCAAACAAUGACAUUACGGGCAAGACAGUUGUCAGAAUAUUUAUAGGCAUUACCUUUACCGUGCUCAUUCUAUCUCUAAUCCUCUUGGCCGAUAAGGUUCACAUGCACCAUCUACUCAACAAGAACGAAAAAGUCGAGAACAAAUAUCCGUUGUACCCAAGGGCUAUUCACACAAUCGAAAGUGUCAUGGAACACCUUUUCCAACAACAACUUCUUGCUGGCUUCGCACUUAUUUGGGUGGUCGCCAACCAAGCUUGCACUAUCUCAGCAUAUCACUACAACCUCGUCUGCAUCAUGCUGGUCUUGUCGGUCAUUACGCAACUUAAUGUAUUGAUCAACAUCCCCGACUUUGUCAACAGAAACAUUGCGACAGGGUACUACCACCUUAUUCUGGUUAGCAUACAGCUCGUACUAUCCUUGUUUAUGAUUGCAGCAACGGACAGCAAAACGUUCCCAUUUGAAGCUAGUUCUUUGGCUGUCGUACCAGCACAAUGCUUCAUAGACAUUGCUGCAACAUAUGGAAAUUCUUCAUCGAGCACCUCCCAGAAUCUCGCUACACACCUUUCGAGCAACAUUACAGCCAGCAAUGCGACCAACACCUCCAAUACCACAGCCUCAGACUUCAUAGAUAACGCGUUAAAAUAUGCAGCGAACGCAACUUGGAACUCCACAAUCGUUAGCUGCCUCAUAAUCUUUGCGAUCAUGGCAUAUGUUGUCGUGAUCUACGACGUGGGUGAAGCCUUGUACGAGAAAGAUCGUGCGAAGAUCGAGGCGACCAGCGUACGCCGAUUCUUCCGCUACACAAGCACCUUCUUUUCGACAGUGAGCAUUCUUGGCAGUACCACCCUCGUCGGCUUCACCCUCCGUCGCUACGUCACUCUCCGAAGCAAGCAAGAGGUCGAAGCAUGGUUCCUGGUUGGGCAGGAACAGGGGUACACAUUUUCACAAGUGCUUCCACUCUUGAUGGCUGCUGGUGGGGUUGCAGCAAUCAUACGGGCACUAUUCGAUUCUGCUCAUGCCUUUAAUAAUCGUCGCUGGGCAAAUUAUAUUACAAAGGCUGUGAAAGCCGGAAAAGAUGCUCAAGUUGGCUACAGGAGAUUCCGGAAAGAUGCAAUGGAAGCAGGAAAUGCAACUGAUUGA